AUCAAACUAUUAAGUACAAAUAACAGAAAGAAAUAUUGCAAAACUUUAGGUAAAAUGGUGGCAGGUGUAAAAGGAUAGCGGUGGAAUUUAAGAGAAGAUUUGAAAAUUUUGUUUUUAUUUGUGAACAAAAUAUUUGAAAUAGAUUCACUCAGACAAUACUGAGAGAGGAACCCGGCCGCCAAUUCAAACUUAAAUUAAAUCUCCACAAAACAUUUCUUACUUACCAAACACUCACCUAGAAAAUUAUCAUUAAUCGAUGAUCUUCCCUUUUCCUUCUCACCUGACAAGACCAUCUCCGACACUGUCCUUGGCCGUCUGGCUCUUCUAACUCCGGAUCUUCUCACUGGUCUUUGUUACUAUCGGUCAUGAGGUGGUCAACAAUGGGUAGAAAUCUAUAUCCAUUACUACAGGAAGAGUUGAAAAAUCUUGACAAAGAUGCUGAUAGUCGCAAAGCUGCAAUGAGAGCACUCAAAUCUUUUGUGAAAGAUUUGGAUUUUAAGGAGAUCCCUCUCUUCAUUGCUGAAGUUUCUCAGAAGAUAGAAGCCGGAUCUUUGUCUGGCGAAUGCACGAUUUCACUCUAUGAAGUCCUUGCCCGUGUACAUGGCGCCAAAAUAGUGCCACUGAUAGACACCAUAAUGAAAACCAUAAUCAACACCUUGGUUUCAAGUGCAGGGUGUUUCCCUCUUCAACAGGCUUGCUCAAAGGUUGUUAUGGCUAUUGCAAGAUAUGGUAUUGACCCAAGCUUUAAUGAAGAGAAGAAGAGACAUGUAAUUCAUUCACUCUGCAAUCCUCUUUCAGAUUCUCUCUUGGGAUCUCAAGAGUGCCUUACUUCAGGUGCUGCCCUUUGCUUGAAAGCUCUUGUGGAAAACGACAGUUGGCGUUUCUCUUCGUAUGAAAUGGUUAACAAGGUUUGUCAAAAUGUUGCUGGGGCUUUGGUGGAGAAUUCUACUCAGACCAAUGCACAUAUGGGGCUUGUUUCGGCUUUAGCAAAACGUAAUGCUGUAGCUGUUGAACCAUAUGCAAGGUUGUUGAUACAAUCUGGACUGAAGAUAGUAAAUGCUGGCAUAGAACAAGGGAAUUCUCAGAAGAGGCUGUCAGCUAUUCAAAUGGUUAAUAUUUUGAUGAAAUGUUUAGAUUCCUGGAGCAUAUGCUCAGAGCUUCAAUGGAUAAUUCUAGAGAUGGAGAAGUGUCAAUCUGAUCGGAUGGCAUUUGUAAAGGGGGCUGCUUCGGAAGCUUUGCAAACAGCAAGGAGAAUAGCUGCAGGAAAAGGGUUGAAUUUUGAUAAAGGACCUGAUUUAGUCACUGGACCAAAUUUUAGAGUGGGAAACAAUGACAAGAAGAAGUUUAUGUUGAAUGCUGGAGACCAAGCUACUGUAUCACCUGGACCACAGAUUUUCUAUUCCUUUCCUGAAUAUGACUCCUUGAUUGAUUCUCCUAUUUUAUCAACUGAGGAUAUUCAAUACUUGGAUAGCGAUAGUAGUGGUGCGGAUAAAAUGCUUUGGAAUUACGAUAAUGGAGGUGUUGAUGUGUCUCUGAAGGAUGGAUUUUUCUCUGGGAUUGCUAAAGCAAGUGGGAUCUCUAACACAAAAUCUGAUGAGCAACCUAGUGCAAAUAAGUUUGCUGAUAACAAAGAAAAUUUUGACAAAGAAUUUUUAGGAUUCUCACAGAGCAUUCCCAGUAAUAGAAUCUCUAGUGGAGCUACAAGCAGUCCUUUGACUCCACACACUCCAAUCAAUGUUGACAACAACAAUAUCUUCAAAACUCCAAAGAAGCUUGUUCACUCUUUUCAGGAUCCAAUUAAAGUGAACUCAGUUUGUUCUGAAAAUCAAGCGAGAAGUUCUAGAAAUAAUUCCCUGGAUGAUUUUGAAUGGAGCUCAGAUUGUAGAUGUGAUCAUAAUUAUAUAUCACAUGAUGAUUAUGAUUAUAGAGAUGAUGAGAAGUUGUAUGCUGAUGUUGACCAAUUUUUAGAAGGUUCUGAAUCUGUGUCAUCUACUGAAGAUUUUCCUACUGAUGCUGAUUUACAAGUAUCUCUGAAAGUAGUUGCUGAAAACAAAACUGGUCAUCCGAAGUUGGUGCUAAAAUUAGUUUGUGGCCUAUCUUUUGCAGCAAUGGCUAUCUUUACUCCACUCAUUUGGUUAAAUAAUCAAGACGAGGUUGGAUAUCUUGUUCCAACUUAAUUUAGUUUUGAAUUACUUGUUUCAGGUGUAUGCAAUCUUUUAAUGGUUAGAUUACAAAUUAAAACUAAUGUGUUCUUUUUUGGGUGUUAUAGAAAACAGUAAAUUUGUAUUUUGUUUGUAAGAAGCUUUGUAUAGUGUAGUAGUAUAUCUUAGAACUUUUACAAUAUGAGAUGGGGUCGAACUAUAGUAUUGUGUGAGGUUUUAAUUGUAAGGAAGGAUAAUUUUUAUUUCAUUCUUGAUUGUUUGGCUGGUUUGCUCAACCAAA